AAACUAUGAGCUGUGAAGCAGUCCUCAGAUAAAGACUGCAGCCAGAGCUUUGAUGACGACUACCUGUACAUACAGUGAUUCAUUCUGAAACUCAGUCAAUCAAGAGGUAAAGUAACCAACUCAAGUAUCAGAAACACUGAUUAAUUUUCAAGCUAUCACCCUCUUUAAGGGCUAUUGUCAGCUCCUGUCACAUGGGUUGCAGACAGUGCUGAAUUAAAGCAGAUUUCUGAAGGACAAGCCAACAGCACAUUCCCCAGUCUUUGAGAGUGUGUGUGUGUGCCUGUUUCAAAUAUCCACAGCAAAAGAAAAAUAUAUUAAAAGGGACAGAAAGCCGUCAAGAUGUUGAUGUAAAUCUGCAGUAUGAGCUCUUCUGUGGUUAAGAGCGAGUCCAGGACAUCCUUGUUAAAAACGGGGGGCAGAAAAUCCGAAUCUCAGGGAGACCAUCAGUCUAAGAAAAAUCACAUCAGGAACGGGCAUGGCAGAGAGUUAGAAAAUGAAUUGUUCUGUGGAGAUCAGGCUGACACUUGGUGGCCAGAGGCAGAACUCAGCUCCAGGCGGCCACUUUGCCAACCAGGGGCGAAGGGUAAUAAAGCGAAUCUGGCAAAAAGACAGUCACAUGGAUCUGACUCUGUCCAGGCUGAUCAGAAAGAAGGGCCUUCCAGCAGAACCUCUGCCAGAACUUCAAGGCACCGACCUCUGGACAGCGAUCAGCACCCUGGACAGCAGCAACAGGGACACCAUCAAAAUAGUAGCACUCGACACCUCGGUCAGCAGCCUGAGGAAGAGCAUCAAAGUGCAAGAAGUCAUAAUAAUCAGAGUGGCAAUCAUCGGCACCCUGGUCAUCACCUAGAGGAACAACAGCAACGUGGGAACAGUCAGAAUCAUCACAGUGCCAGCAAUCGGCACCUCAAGCAGCACCCAGAGGAAAAACAAAGUGGUAGCAAUCGGCACCACAAACAGAACUUCGAGGGACAGCGACAAAAUGUGAUCACUCAGACUCAUCAAAUUGGCAGCUCUCGGCAUCAGGGACAGCACCCACAGGGACCCCAGCAAAGUGGGAGCACUCGCCACCAAAGGCAAGAGGGAGACUACCAAAGUAGUCCCACUGCGAGCCAGCACAGGGGUGGCGUUCAGCACCAAGGACAGCGCCUGCAGCAAGUCUCCAAGAAGAAAGAGGACGAUGCAUCUGCUGCAGCAGACAGAGAGAGAGGCAGCAGCAAUUCUCUAACACUGUCUGAAACUAGUACACCUCCCCUGUCCAAAUCCGGCAGCAAAUCGUCUACCAGAUCCAGCCGAAGCAACGCGUCCUUGGAAGCGGACCCAGUGCUCUCAGAGGACCUGCAUCCGAUUCUGAACUCCGUCUUUGGGCAGAUACAGCAGGAGGAGGCGACCUCUUAUAAAGCAGUACAGACAUGCGAGGAACUCAGAGCAGCACCACUCGAUUACCAGGAGCCUCUUGCCUCCCUGGCCCAGAACUGCGCAGUCAUGCAGAACCUGCUGGGCCCAGCCUGCAUCUUUCUGAGAAAAGGCUUCGCGGAGAGCAGAAAGCCUGACAGACAACUAAGACCUGAAGAAAUUGAAGAGCUGCGAGAAGCCUUCACGGAGUUUGACAAGGAUAAAGAUGGCUACAUUGGCUGCAAGGACCUUGGCAACUGUAUGCGGACAAUGGGUUACAUGCCUACUGAAAUGGAGUUGAUAGAACUGUCACAGCAGAUCAACAUGAACUUGGGCGGCCGUGUGGAUUUUGAUGACUUUGUGGAGCUAAUGGGACCAAAAUUGUUAGCAGAAACUGCUGACAUGAUCGGGAUGAAGGAACUACGGGAUGCCUUCAGAGAGUUUGACACAAAUGGUGAUGGGGAAAUCAGUACUUCAGAACUCCGGGAAGCAAUGAAGAAGCUGCUAGGACAACAGAUUGGUCAUCGGGAUAUUGAAGAAAUCAUCCGAGAUGUGGACCUGAAUGGGGAUGGCCGUGUUGAUUUUGAAGAGUUUGUCCGGAUGAUGUCCCGUUGAAUUCCAGGGAAAGAGCUCCAUGUCAGAAACCUUGAAAGGCUGACUAGGCACUUUAAUGCAUUCCCUUCUACUUUAUCUUCAAACUCCCUCAUGAUGAGGAGGGGAAAUUGUUAUAAAAGUGAAAUUAGGGAAUCCUUUGGCCUGAGACUGGUAUAGAACCAACUAAAUGGAAAAUAUGGCAAGCAAGAAAAUACACCAUCAACCUGCUAUGACUGCUGCUAGUACUAUGAUUAAUACCCACAGAAGGAGAAAGGACAAUAUUUUAAAUAGGUAGAAAGUGCAAUGCUUUGUCCAGGGGUCCUAUGAACUGAGGGGCCCACUUAUGUUUGAUGUGUCUAAAACAUUUAUAAACAUACAUUCUAAGGUA